CAAACUCGUGACAUCACAGUCGUUUCUGAUUGGACAGAGGAAAAAGUUGCUUGCACAGUGACUUCACGAGUUUACGACUCUCUCCCUGAGAGGCUCUCUAGUUGUGAUCAGUGAGCGAACUUGAAAACCGCAAAUUUUAUUCAACUGUUGUACAACAGUUGAGUUGUCUGAACGCACCUAUAAAUGUCUAUGAUUGAAGCAAGUAGGAGCACCUUAUAUAAAUUUGUUCACAUUGCAUGUUCCAAUCUUAUGUCAUUUUGUGUACGAUAGCCUUUAACUAUGGUCCAUGGCAGACUGGCUAAAUUGCGAAACGGACGGCAAAGGUUACACUCCUCUUCCACAAAGUAUAAGCAAUACCGAUACAGAAGAUGAGGAAGAACAUUUAACACAAUCCAAUGAUAUUGUUUCUAAGGUCGAUAAUACUACGAUAAUACCGGAAUCACAUACAAACUAUGAAAAUGGCAUCUUUUACCCCCUGGAUGAAACAAAAAAUCAAGAAAAUAGCACAAGAAUUCGGCAAAACACAGUUAAGUAUUAUCAAGAUGAUAUACCAAUAAUGAUAAUUGAGGGAAAUGAACAAGAUGAUUUUUGGAAAAGAAAAGAAAUGUCACCUAUGAGAUGUUUCUGCUUGUUUGCAUCUAUAUUAUUAUGCAUUGUCACAUUAGUUAUUUUUUUGUACGAAUUGCCAUGUGACAGUUCUACUAUUUGUCCAUCAAUAAUGGAACCACAAUCAUCUAUAUCAUGGGAUAGAACUUUGCAAGGUGUAGAAGUAAAUGGACCUAUUACAAUUAUACCUGGAUCUCCAUACAGUUUGAUAGUAUUACUUCGUGGUGAACAAGAUGAACAGAAUAAUACAAAGAGCAGAGCAAUAUAUCAAAGACAGAUAUCUCCAGGAGGAGGUGGAAUUAUGUCCAUGCAAGGAAAUAGUGGACUGCCAUUAUGGCUAGUUCCGCUAAAACGAUUACCUGUUAUGAUAGAUUGCACUAGUAUUGAUAUUGAUAGAUCUGGAAAGCCUGAUUGUAUUGUUGCUGGUGAACGAGGCUUACUUGUUAGCAUAGAACCAAUUGCUGGAACAAUUCAUUGGAGCUCUACAAUUCAUACAUUUUCGAAAUUACCAGUUAUUUUACCAGACAUCGAUGCUGAUGAUAUUGAAGACUUGUUAAGUGUAUCCGAUAAUAUAAAUACAUCCAUUGUCAUCUUGUCCGGAAAAACAGGCCAAUUACUGAGACGUUAUUCAACUAUUAAUUGUACUUCUAUCAAUAUAGAUACUCUUGUUUCUGUUGGCAAAAUAUUCUUCGAUUGUUAUAACGACAGUGGGAAAUAUGUAAGGAGAUUUAUAACGUUAAAAGGAUUAUUGCAUAAUGUGAAACUGCCACAAGUAUAUAAGAAAUUUGUAGCAAGAUCGGAAACAUCUCCACGACUGUUUGAAACUCUAAAAAUGUAUACCAAAGUUUAUAGUUGGAAGCCUACACCUUAUCAUCAUCUGACCAUAGAGAAUGAAGGAGAAUGUCCAGGAAAAUAUUGUCGUGCAACUGUGAAUCUAACUUUGCAGAAAAUAACGAACGAACCGAUCAUUAUUUGGGAUCACGUGAGUUCGAAUAUGUUUGCAUCAAAACCGGAAUUUUUAGUGACUUCGGGUAAGCCUUACAAGUUCGGGUUUAUUAUAAAAUUCUGGCAAUGGAUAGAUUCACUACCCGAUCACGUAGAAAAAACUAUAACGGAACAAAAACUCAUAGAAAGCGUUUUGAUUGUUACCGUUAACUAUACGGAUGUUCAAGCUAUUAACGCAAGUCAAAGCGAUGUAAUACAAUUGUGUCAUGAGCUCAUGUGUCAACCUGAUUUAAAUUCACGAAAGCAAUUCAGUUCCAUUGCGGUUAAAUACAUCAAUAACGACGAAAUUUUAGAAUUGAUAAGUUACUGGUCCUCUUAUGACGCAGACCCAACGAAAGGAUUGACAUCGAAAAUACAAGUUGUAAAGAUGGAUUCCAUAAUGUCUAAUUUAGUACAUGGAAAUACAUAAAACAAUAUUCAUAGUUUCUUGUAUUUAAGAUCGUCUUAAUAAGUUAAGUUUUUUUUAAGAGAAUUGAACCAUCCUAUUUUAUCGGCAUUUCUUAAUUUUUCACUCAUUCUGCACUCAUUGGUCAAAAUAAAAAACGCUUCUUCAGAAUAAAAGAGGACAUGCUAAAGAAGUAAAAAAAUAUUCAAGAAAAACCAAACAACGUUUAUGGACUGUUACGACAUAUUCUACCUCAUAAAAGUGGCAAUAGAAAUCCAAAAGGUUAUACUUUCCACUUCUAAAGACAAACAAAUAUUUUAAAUGCUUCAAAAAGGGAUUUUGAAGCUUGUAAGAAAAAGAAAAUUAAUAGAGUUUUAGCAGAAGCGCCGGAGAAACACAUACGUCUAUCCUUGUCUCUAUACUGAGUUCAAAUCAAGAAGAGAAACCGGAUAGACUACACUUCUUCCGUUCCGCGCACCUCCUUUACCAGAAAGCUCCUUCUCCACUUCAUAGCUAUUAGCUGUUAGCGUCAGUGGGUGUUCUGCCAAUCCUACACAUAGUGAAGUACACUUUAAGGAAAAAGGAGUGUAAGCAGAGAUGCCGGAUCGUGCAGAACAGCAACAAAAGCAUCGAAGCGGUGAAGGCAAUAGUGAUAUAAGACUAGAGUGCGUGAGUCCUAUGAUAGCGCGUAAGUGGAUGCGAUAGAGGCUUAGAAAGAGAAAGAUGCAUAUGGGUCUUCUUGUCUAAUGCAUGCGCAAUGACAUCAAUGGUAGUAGAAUUUCUUCACUCUUUUACCUAUCAUUAUUAUUACUUUUGUAAAAAUAUUAUAAUCAAUUUAUUUAACUUUCUAUUUAGGAAGAAAACAGUUAUAAAACAGUUAUUUGUACUAAACGUAAAAUGGGGACUGCGUCUGCCCAGCACUAUCAGCGUUGGCUACCGAUUAGAUAAGGACAGAAAGGGCCUUUAUGCAUCUUUCUCUUUCUAAGCUUCUAUCACUUUUUGAGUUCGCUUUCGCACUCUAUCUCUUAUAUCUCUACACAGUUUGUCCGGAAAGUUCCCGGACUGAUUUUUUCUAGCGCGGGUAAGCGGCGCUAUCGAGCGGUCA